AUGGAUUCCCAACGCCAGUUUGAUCCCCAGCAAGACUGGUCUUGGGGCGAAGCGCCUGCUUCUAACACAUCGGCCGCGGAGCCUGUUGAUCAGCCUGGCGGAAAUGGCACUCGCCACCGUCCAUCUCAAACAGCCCCCAAGCCCGCGAACGUGGGAGCAUCCCAGCCGACACACGAGUCGCCCGAAACGGGAUCUCGCCCAGGCACCCAACAACAGCAACGACGGGAGCGUUACUACAGACCGCGAACAUGCCGAAUUUGCUUCGAUACCGUCAACCCUACGUUCGAGAUGGAUACCAGUGCAACGGCAUCGGUAUUUGGCGCCCGUCCCCGCGUCAAAUACGUCUCGGAUGACCCGGAACUCGGACGUCUGAUUAGUCCGUGCAAGUGCAAAGGAUCUCAACGUUACGUUCACGAGGGUUGUCUGCAAGCAUGGCGCCAGGCCGCGCCGCUGAACGAUCGAAAUUUCUGGAGCUGCCCCACGUGCAAGUUUCAAUACCGCAUGGACCGGCUGCAGUGGUCGGCAUGGCUAUCGAGUCGCCUCGCGCGCGCGAUACUCACCUUACUGGUCGCCUUCAUCACAGUUUUCAUAAUGGGCUUUGUAGCCGACCCCAUCAUCAACCUCUGGGUUGACCCCUGGGGGACUUUCAUGGAUGCGGUAGGGGAAGUGGUAGAUGAUUUUGAUGACUUUCGCAGAGGCCCUGCAGACCAGGAGAGCUACACUUGGUCGUUGCACUUUAUCAAAGGUGUCAUGUCGCUUGGGCUUCUAGGGGCUGUCAAGACGGUGCUUGCGAUGAGCCCUUGGCAAUGGUGGCACUUUCGCAAUGGCGGCAUGCUUGGUAAUGCAGGAAACCGGCGAGGUCGCGAUCGGUUGGAAAGUGUCAACCUUGCCCUGGUUAUGGUCGGGCUUUUUACAUUCCUAGUGGCGACAUGGAAGGUUAUCAGCAUGUUGAGCUCCAGAGUCCUCGAAAAGGUUAGUGAGAGGGUGGCCGAUAUUCAUGGAGAUGAAGACGACGAUGAUGAUGAUUAUCAAGACGAUGCGGGCCACGAUAAUUGA